UCCACCGUUCGCCCGCAUACCCGUACUCAGAUCGAUAUUCUCACUUUCCCCAGGCUCCUUUGUGUCUGCCCCCUCGCUUCAGAAGAUGUCGCGCGCUAUAGGAGCCCGGUUACCGCCUGAAACACAGUUAUUCGUCCCAGAUCACCUCUUUAGACCCUGAUGAUUCUUACUAUUUUUCCCAAGAUAAACGUCGCCGAUUUAAACACGGGCUCACUGCGCCUAGCCUCGUGUGCAAGUACUGGGCGGAAUAAAUCAGACUUAUCCCCUUCCGAGUACCCGAAUUGCGCAGUGCCGAAGAUGUACGGUUAUUGAAGAACAUCGUCUACAGCCCCCGGUUUAGGGACUCGUCUCUGUCUAAGGCCAUCGAACAGAUACAUAUCCAUCAAGAAGCUACGGAGGCGAAGCCCUGGUUUCACCAUGUUCAUGGACUUUCAACCUGACUUCGGGAGACAGAAUUCAAGUGUACUGCCGUGAGCCGCACGAGCGAUCGUCCAUCAAUGGUCGGCCGUUGGAUCCCAUUUGAUUCGAUACCGAGCGUCACCCCAUCCUAUGUCCGACUUUCUACCCUCACCCUAAAAGGGCUAGUGUUCGCGAGCACGACCGAGCUCACACGGCUCGUCGAUAAUCUCCCCGCUCUCAAUGACUGCGUCUGCAACCAACUCGCCUUCCUUGACCUGUCGCCGGUUGUCCAGCCACGCAGAUCUCGACGACGCGCUUCAUUGACCUCUCCCGGUGCAAGGUGUUGUGAUGUAAUAAUAUGGCUGUUUCCACCCCAGCAGUGCUAGCUGCUGACAUUCUUACGGCUGCUCGCCGCAUGGGUCUUAACGACCGCACAUGGGAUGCAGCCCUUCAGGCGCUGCUUGCGUUAGUGCCAAACGCACCUGGAAGCGUGGUCGUGUAUCUUGGGUGAUCAGAACGGUAGCACGUUUGGUACGUCUCUUAACUUGUGCAAAUAAUGCAAAGCUCACUAUCUAUUCCUCAUCAGACAAGGCGACGAUCAAAUACUGCUCAUUUGAUCAAUGUGACUCUCUGGGCGAUCAUGUCUGUGCUGAUGUUAAGGUUUGGCGACUAAGUGUGGGCGCGGGACUCCCGCUCACAGCUGUCGAGAGCAUCACGCUGCAGCUCUCAUUCGCGGAUAUCAAAGCUGUGAACACCCUUACUUGGAACGCUUUGCGAGCCGUCGUUGAUUCCCCGCACAUGCACUUCCUUCGUAUCAAUCACUUCCUACCGCACGGCGCCGCCUUCAAGGUCACGAAGAGGAUCCUGUGCUCUGUGUUGCGCCGCACGCAGCUGACCUGGGCUCUUGACUCAGGUAAACUGCAGUUCUGGAGCUUUUAUUCUGAUUCCGUCACAAGCGCAGACAUCUUAUCCGUACCGACGGCGCACACCAUCAGCGGCACCACAACCACCCUCGACAUCACCGAACAAGCCGAGUGGUUGCUGAGCCUAGCAAACCCUUACUCAGUUGGCACUACAAGAGAGAAAUAUUUACGACAGCUCAUAGUCGUUCGGGCGGGCAGCUCAGGAACUGCGCCACCCGCCGUAGAUGGCACUCAGCACACGGCGGUGGAGCAGGCCCAGGAGGUCGAUAUGCAGGGGGAGUAGACGGCAGAGAUGAAGACGACCUGGAAACCGAGCGCUAGCAAGGCGUACUAUCGGACGGGCGAACAUGUUUUGGGACAGGCUGAGUCGUGCGAAAGAGUGCCCCUUGCAGGAAGCUGACACUUGCUCGGACAUUGCGUAUGGUCCCCAGUUUCGACUCUUCAAGUUUCUAGUUUCUCGAAGGGCAGCCAUGCAUUCCUUGCAAUUUUUUUUUAAAAUCUCACCUUACCAUCUAUUACCUCAUUGCUCGCCUCCCUGUGUUCUUCGACUGUUUUACAGAAGCAAAGUAAUAAAUAGAACGAGACAAU